GUACUUUGUGUUAGAUCCAGAGUUGGGGCAGCUGCACUACUUUGUCAACGAGCAGGGGAAGAGCCAGAAGCCUCGUGGGUCCCUGCCACUGAUCGGUGCCUCGGUAACCCCGAGCGACGAGGCUCCGCACAUGUUCAUUGUAAACUCUGUCAAUGGAGAGCUGUACAAACUCAGAGCCUCCGACGGCAAGGAGCAGCAGUUUUGGAUGAGUCAGCUCCAAGCGUGUGCCAGACGUCACUCUGACAGCAGUGCCAAGGUGAGAAAGCUGAAGGGCUCUGAUGAACACUUGAGUGUGGAAAGAGCAGGAGGAGGCCAGGAGGUGCUGGGCUCCUCAUCCUGUGGUCGGACCCGUAGCUUCUCCCUCCUCCCCCACCUAACCCCAUCUUCAUCCCCGGGUUCUCAGAGGCACCUGAGCCACACGGCCUCACCCAGCAACAUCGUCACCAUCACCCACCACAAAUCCCCGGGUGCAGCUCGGCGGGCCAAGAGUCAGUACCAAGGACGGCUGCUGGAGGUCAAAGAGGUGAUGUCCCAAGCAGAGGGCCAACAGAAGAACCUGGUCCAGUCCAUUGACUCUCUACCUACCAGAGGCCCUCUCUCCUGUCUGGACCAGGACCUGCUGCUGCUCAAAGCCACGUCGGCUGCCACACUCAGCUGCCUGGGAGAGUGCCUGAACAUCCUCCAACAGACCCAGAGCCACAGCCAGGCACCACCUCAAUCCCAGACCUCAGAGCGCAAUCACGCUGCCCACGGAGCCCCCUCCGAUGGUGUUCCUGUGUGGACUGUACCAAAGUCGCCCUCAGGGGAGCUGUUGAAGAACGGAGGUCUGACUCCUCUACAAUCAGUCGAGCCCUCCCCGGCUCUCAGGAAAAGGAGUCUGUCCCAUGGUGCUGAGCACCACACAGGGCUGGAAAACAUCAGCCCCACUGAAGAGGUGACAGAUACGGAGGAUAAUGAAGAGGAGGACCUGGGUGUCCUGGACGACCAGCGGAGCAUCAUUCUCCACCUGCUCUCCCAGCUCAAACUGGGCAUGGACCUCACACGGGUGGUGCUGCCUACCUUCAUUCUGGAAAAGCGAUCACUAUUGGAGAUGUAUGCCAACUUCAUGGCCCACCCUGACAUGUUCCUGUCAAUCACAGCAGGGACCACAGCCGAGGACCGAAUAGUCCGUUUUGUCGAGUACUACUUGACAGCCUUCCACGAGGGGCGGAAAGGUGCCGUGGCCAAGAAGCCCUACAACCCCGUGCUGGGGGAGACCUUCCACUGUUCCUGGGAAGUGCCUCGGGAAAAAGUCAAACCGUUGGUCAGAUCGAACCAAGGGUCCUCUUGGGAGCCAAGCAGGGGUCCCAACAACACACAGCAGGGUGACGAUUCACCGGGAGAAUGCUACAGAGUCCGAUUUGUGGCGGAGCAGGUGUCCCAUCAUCCACCAGUGUCAGGGUUUUACUGUGAGUGCCGGGAGAGGAGGAUGUGCGUCAACGCCCAUGUAUGGACCAAGAGCAAGUUCAUGGGAAUGUCUAUAGGAGUGUCCAUGGUGGGAGAAGGGAGAAGGCUGGAUCUACAACAACCCAUUGUGGAAGUCGACCUGACAGCAGAACAACACACUCUUCUCGUGGACAAUAACUGAGCUCCGGCCUCUCCACAGCGAGGCCAGAGGUCCGGGAACUCAAGCAAAGGGACCUCCAGAGACCUUCUAGACCUGAGCUAUAGACUCCCAGAGUGACAAAAACAGGAAACGAGCAAGGUGCCAAAGGGAUCUCCACUGUUAUAACCAAGAUGGUGGUUGGAGCUCUUGGGACAAAAGUACAUUUUUUAUAUACAGUUAAUAGUAUUACUAUUCAAAGUAGAGUAUUUCUAUUUUUCACCUAGCCAAGGCCUUUUUUGCACACGCACAGUAAUGAAGUUUGCCACUGGUGUUUUGCUUUUUUUUUUUUUUUAAAUCAAUAUGUUUUCUCAGACAUUGUCAAUGUUUGGUUCCAAGCUUUUAGUUUGUGAUGCAGCGUUAGAAUGAAUCGAUACGAGUCCCCUGUUACAAGUAAUACUGUAGCUGUAAAUGAGCUGUUUAUAAAAAGCACUUUUACCAUAGAAAUAAAUUUCAUAUUUUAUAUCAUACAGCUUUUACCAAUCAGGGUGGUCUCUAAGAGCUUUACGGGAAAUAAGAACACCUAAUCAGAUUUUAAAAGAGAUAUAAAUCAAGAGAUAAAACAAAUGUACUACAUUAGAUUAUGUGUUAUAUAUUAUUAUACAGUACAUUACAGUGAGCUACUAGAAAGUAGAGGUCCUGAUUGUUUUGUCUGCACUAUGAAUGUAUUUGGGCACAUUUUAUUAAUGCUAUGUUUCCACCUUGUACUGUUCACUAAGACACAUGCUUUUUGUGUUUUACCUUUUUAUUUUGCCACGUUGCUCUAUUUACAGUAUUUCACCCGCUGAGUGAGACGCAUCUGCAUAAACAGACAUUUCCAUUACUACCUCUCUUAUUCAGCUAAACCAGCCAUUAGCCACUUUCUCUUCCAAAACAAAACACUCCUGGGUCUUCUAAUCUUUUUGUAUCUGUGCCCCUGAGAUGGCACUUGUGUAAUUAGGCAGCCGCUACUCACCCAGCCUGUGCCUCCUGAAGUUAAUACUCCUUCUUAGGUCACCCGUGGUGAUGAAUAUGGAUGAGCAGGCUUGCAGAAACACACAACCAUGUUUUCACAUCUGGGGUCGCUGGGAGGUUGCUUCUGUGAAGAUGAGAGGAUAAUCUACCAGAAUAACAAAUCACUGGGAACUGGGGUAACCGGCCUGUUGGAUAGGAGAGUAAAUAUAUUGGGUCAUACUACUGUGGUUCUAUUAUUUGACAAACUGUGUGGCCAAUUUUCAAAGUGUAGAAGAAGAAUAGCUUUUCCAAAUAAAAGGAAAGCAGAAAAUGAAUAUGAGCAAUUGACAGUAUCUUCACUUCAUGUAUUUCUAAUGGCCUUAUUUUUUGUCAUGAAAGGACAAACUCCUCACUGCUUGCUCUUUCAGUUGUUCUGUCACUUAAAAAGGUUCAAAUCGUAUUAGUAUUUUCAGCCAGAUGCCUAUUUGUAGCUUAUGCCAUGACAGUAUAGAAAACAAACACACAACCAUCUACGACAAACCACUGUUCAUUACUGUUUUAUGACACCCGCCUUACAUGAAACUAACAUGCAGUUUUAGUUUUUAUAUCCAAAUGGAUUCAGACUCACUGACGUAGAUAGUGACUGUGGAUAAAGGAGGAAUUGUUCAUUAAUAAAGAACUUCUACAUUUUUCUUUUUUAAACUGAA